UUUUUUUAUAUAAAGGCAGGCCAGCUACCAUAUGUUAAUCCUGUACUAAUCAGCUCGUGCCUCUUUCUUCAUCCACCUUCUUUAGUUUAUUUUCUGCUUUGGUUUCAUGGCAACGACGUCAUCGACACCAGAUUCAUCUUCAGAUUUAAGUAUUACAGUCGAAAGCAAACCUCCCGAAUCGCGAUUAUCUGAAUUGGGUAUUAAAUCAUGGCCUAAAUGGGGUUGUCCUCCAGGGAAGUAUUUGCUGAAAUUUGAUGCGGAAGAGAUCUGCUAUUUGCUUAAAGGCAAGGUGAAGGUGUAUCCAAAAGGGUCAUCUGAAUUUGUAGAAUUUGGUGCAGGUGAUCUUGUGACAAUCCCCCAAGGACUUAGUUGCACUUGGGAUGUAUCAGCUGCAAUUGAUAAGCACUAUAAAUUUGCCUCCUCAUCAUCUUCAUAAUUCCACCAUCUUUUUAGCCAUCUUUAUCUCUCCUUUUUUUCCUUCUUCCUCUCUUUUUUCUUCCAUUAAUGACAAGUUAUUCUGUUAUUCAACAAGAUUUAAUACCAAAGUUAUAUCUUUCGAUUAUGAGAAUUAAUCAAAUUCUUUUAAUUAAAAAUAAUUUUCAUCUAUAAUCAAACGAAAACGUUCGAUUGUUAAAGAUAAGUAUCUUUUUGAACCAACGAUUUAAUAACCAUAUCUAAUAAUUUUUUAAAUUUUAAUAUCUUUAAUUCAAAAUGAUCUAAAAUUUUACUUAAUUUAAAUGAAAUCCAAUAUCUAAAAGUUUUAAUCUAGGACAACUGAUGUAACAUUGUGUAAGCAACAAGUUAAAGCUUAUCUUUGGUUCUAACUUUCAACCAAAGUCCAACAACAAAACCCACGUUUCUAAACGGUGACCUUAACGAUGAUGGUGACUAAUGUGCUAAACGUGGAUGGAUGGCUUGGAUUGAUGAAGUGAUCAAAUAUCUUGCUCUGGUAUGUAUAUGGAUUGGAAAGAAUAAACCCAAACCCUCUGUGAUUGCAGUGAAGUCCUUCUCGGUUAAGCUACUUUUCAGAUAAAAAGUGAUUCCAUCCUGUAGUCGUUUUCUUUUGUUGAGUUUGGUUGGGUUCAGAGGGGGCUUGGGAUUUUGACUAGUACUAGCUGCAGGAUUGGGGAGAAUACCCUUCAAUUGGAUAUGCACUGAGAUUGCCAAUGGGAAAAUUGGACUACCUUCCAACAUUAUUUUUGGAUUGAACCCUGUUGUGGAACUAAAGCAAGGAAUGACUUGCUGAGUCAAGUUGUUCCAAAUCUACCUUUAUAUUUUUUCAUUUAUAUUUGUUUGAUGGUCAUGGGUAAAUUGAAUGGAU